GGUGUCGCCACAUCACAGAUCACCUGCAACUGCAACCUCGCUUUAAAUAGCAUUUCAUCAUCUACAGGACGUAACUGAAUUAUAUUCUACUGUGUCACGCAUGGUGGUUUACUAAUUGUGAGUGUAAAACUGUUAGUUUCGAGGAUCCCACGAAAAUACUGAAUCGGGAAUGUAAGGACUUUUGUGAAACAUACGAGAUGGCUCCUAAAAAUAAGGAAAACAAAAAGAAGCGGCAAGUUUCCGAGGAGGAGGACGAUGAAGAUUAUCGAAGGAGAAGGGACCGAAAUAAUCAGGCUGUAAAACGUUCUAGAGUUAAAAGCAAAUUACGCACCCAACAGACUUUAGAACGUGUGAAUCAGUUGAAAACGGAGAAUGAGUUACUCGAAGAAAAAAUUAAAAUGCUCACCAAAGAACUUGGAUUUUUGAAAGAUCUUUUUCUUGCACAUGCUGGAUCCAGCCAACAUUCUAUAAACUUUCAAGAUAUAGACUUAAAUGCUCUUCUGGCUGACGAUUCAAAGUCUGAAGAACAAGUGAAGGAAGGAUCUGAACUAUAGACUACAGUAAGUCCCACGUGGAGAAGCAACGUGGUACAGAUCAAAUUUAAAAUGAAGAUGUGCUUUGGUUCGUCUAAUCCCAUCAUCGAAGUAGAUAUCUUGGAAAGAUAUCUAUUUCUAAUUGAUUUCUAAGAACUUUGAGGUGCAGAAUGAUCUAUGUAUGCUCCUCGAUCGCUAAAAAGUUUAUCAACGUUAAAAUUUCGGGCACUGUGCAUGGAUGUGUACAAAAUUGAAAAUGCAAACGAUUAUUGAAGUGUAAUUGUGAGAAGAUUGAGUCACACAAUGACAGUAGAGUAUUGGAAAAUGUAAAUUUUGUACAUACACUGCUUAGAAGGGGGAGCAAAGUGGCGAAUAAAAGAGGGAGUAACAUUUAAAAGUAUUUAGAACAAACACUAUGAUUCAAUAGUGAAGAUAUUUUAAUAAUGCAAAAGUAAAUGCUGCCACUGUUUCUUAGAAUUGUUUAUAACAGCUUUGCUUCAAACAUUCCAAUUUAGUUUUUCACUGGUUGGUUAGACGUUGUUACGUUACAAUGACUGCACUGAUAUUAGGACAAAAAGUAAGUAGUGAUUAUGUAUAAACAAUCUAAACAUCUGCAUAAAUAGCGAAAAAUAUCAAUUAUCUGAUUCGAUAUUUUUAAGCUACCAAGAGAAUUUGUAAAUCAAAUAAACCGAAUGAAACGAA